AUGAAUGGACACUGUGUCUGUUCCGAUAUGGCGGGAAAUGGAGAGUACUGUAGAAAACGUAAUGUCUAUUUAAGUAGAAAUUAAUACAUAAUAUAUUUUUUUAAAACAUAACAUGUACACUGCACUGUAAUAUCGUAGGAUAUAAAUAUUGUCUAUUUGGCGAGCUAAUUAGGGAUUUUGAAAUAGCCGAUGGGUAGGUGACAACAUGCCCUGUCCCUGAUGGUCUUGUUUAAGUUGCCCCUGUUUAAGGUAGAGAAUGUUGUAGCCCACAGAGUCGGUGGCAAACUCGUUCUUGGAGGCUUCGAUCCGUUUGGUCAGCGCACUAAGUAUCCCCGCGCUAAGCCAAAUAAGGCUAUGGCUCUAAUUGGCAGCUUGUUCUCUUGACGGCAGCCAGCAGGUUCUCCUUUGCAUCGUAUAGUGAGACUGAAAAUGCACUCGCAGUUGGCACGUAACUCUAAAUCUGCCUAUCUGUACAACCAAGUAGUAUUUGCGCUCAUUACUAAUCUACUUUUAAAUUUUUUCUUGUCCCAUUACAACCAGAAUGGCUGCCUUGCGUUAAAAAUUGGUGCGGUUUAAAUGAUCAUUGUGCGAUGGAUCCCAUUCACCCACAGCAUCACUGGUGUUUAUGUAGAAUCGGAACUGAUGAACACGGAAAUUGCGUAGGUGAGCAAUGUCUAAUUUAUUCAACAAUUCACUUCUUUAAGAAACAGUCCAUGGGCAACCAUGUUGGAAUGAAAAAAGGGUUUUUUCUAUUGACCGCCUGCGUUGGCUUAAACAGCUUCGUUAACAAAACUUCAUAAAGCAGUACAUGUUCGGCCAAAAAUGGGUUUGAAUAACAAACAAGCAGCGACCGAAACCGGAAACUUGUGAUUUGAAAAGCCUUUGGCACCCACCCUUUCAAUGUCAGUUUAAAUUCAACAAUUCACUUGUCUUUAUAGUGGUCAAUGGCUUUGUUGUUGUUGUUUUUGCGAAAAUUUUCCUCGCAUCCCUUUCUCUAAGAAUUUAGUAGACUGUCUUUUGAUCAAUUUCUAGAUAUAUAAAUUUCAAGAAAUUAAGCCACUGCCAAAACGCCUGGCUAUACUCUUGGAGUUUAUUCGCAAUAUGUGCCUAGAAAUUACUUGAUCUCCUGAGAUUCAAGGGAUUUCGACUUAAAGAAAAGGCUUUCCGACAGUCCGAGGUUAUGCGCGCGUGUGACCAUCGAUCGGUGUUUAUGACCUGGUUGGUUCUCCACUGUGUCGGAUUGCACUAUAUUGUUUUAGGGACGCUGUAUAUUGCGAGACUACGAAUGCAAGAGACUGGGUUAAACUUCACGACCGAAACAGUCGCACAUUGCAAUUGGACAAAAACAAUGACACACUGCGCACGCGCAACUUAAAAAUUUUGCAUUGGUAAACUAAAUUUUCCGUCCUGUUUCACAGAAUGCUUCUCAGACGGUCACUGUGGAAGCAUUAAUGGAAGGUGUAUAAGAAAUAAAUGCCACUGCCAAGAUGAACUCAUUUUGAGUCAUAGUCGCUGCAUUCAGAAUAGUAAGUCAAAAUGUCACCCUGCUCACUCUGCCUUACAUUCAGUAAUUUACGCAUUUUUGUGUGUUUAUGUAUAGCUUAAAACACUUACCGCUAAAUCAGAUUGUCGCUGUGUCAUCUAUUGCGGAUUAAUGCAAAGAAAGUUGUUUCAUGAUACAUUCGCCACUUUAGAAACGAGAAAGAAACUAAGUGCAGUUAACUGUCGCAAAGACACCUUGGACUGUUAUUAAUGAUAGGGAAAAAAUUGGCCAAUAGCUGACCGGCGUGUCCCGACCAACUAUCCCAGAAAAAAUUGCGGGACACAUUUUUAGUUUCGGCACCAGUCCCCUUAUCGUUUCCUUAGAGGUGAUUUUUUUCUGUGAUAUAAUUUUCGGUUUAAUCCAUACACUGCAUGCGCACAUACAUUUAACCAUUCAGUAUGUCGUGGUUUCUGAUUGAUGCGCUUUCGUGAAUUGCGUAGGUCGGUGAGUUCUUAGAAACUCACAAGUUUCCAUCAAAUCAUUGAAUCAUGACACGACUCACUGCUUUCAACAGUUGCUGCACACAGUUACGAUGUGAUCAUCAUAAAAAUGUCAGAACACAACAGUACUUUGCUUGGAUCUUGGUCAUACAUCGUUUCAUGCAAGCGAUAAGCUCGCAUAGCUUGUUGGCGGUCUUCCGAUGCAGUCGUCUUCAGCCGGAAAUCAUUUCAUAAAAAAGCCGGCAAAAAUGAGUCAAGUACUUGAACAAACAAAGGCUAAACGAUAAUAAUCUUUGUAUAGCUAAAUCAUUCGCAACUAUUUUUUAAACCUGGCCAGGAGCCUAGGCUCCUGACUCUUGCUGACUUGUCCUGACUCUUGCAGACCUUGCAGGAAAACGCUUUAUGGCGCAGUGUUUUGCAUUAGGCAUUGUGCACAACACAGGAUGUGGGUACUCUCCUUUUUUCUGAGCCACGGUGCUUCUUGUUGUCCUCGAAUUUUUAUUUUUAAAUAAUCUCUUGCAGAACACCGUCCGGUGUGUAAGAAAGACAAUCAUUGUCACCCUAAAGCUAAAUGCGAAGAUGGGAGGUGUAUGUGCCAAGGAAGAACUGUUGGCAAUGGGGAAUACUGUCGUGGUAUGUUACUCUACAAAUAUCAGCACUGAAGCACACGUACCAACUCCGCGGUUAACUCCGCGGAAUGGCCAGUACCUUACGCAUGCGCACAACCAUACCUACAUACGUAACGCGGGAAUUUUUCGCACUCAGCCGUAUUGCUAUCUUAAAGAGUGUGUGAAUGGCAAAGUAGUCAAAGGAUAGUUUCACGAAGUAUACCAUUUAGACGUCUUCAUUUUAAAAAGCUAUAUUAUUUUGAAAUCGAAUAUUUAUGAAUUUAUUUCUCAAUUUUGUGUUUUAGAUGCAAAGGACUGUCCGAAGAACUGGUUGGGCAUGUGUAAGAAGUUUGGUGACUUUGGUGAAUGCGUCGGAGAACCGCUGAAUCCACUGGGAAAUGGUCAUUGCAAGUGUUACAAAGGAUAUUACGAUCUUUUCCCCAGGGGAUGUGUAGGUAGGGCCCAGUCCCUCUUCCAUCUUUCUCAUCCUCUGGUAAUCUCUUCCCCAGAUCUUACUUACAAAGCCUUAAGUCCUGCUUAAGACAGACACCGGUGUGAUGUGGGUACGGGAUGACGAUAUAUCUUAAUUAACGCUGUGGAAGGUUGAACCAAGGAGUCAUUUCACAAGUAUAAGUAGGUUGAGUACGAUCGUCCGGGUAAAUGGUGACUUACGUUUCAUUGGUGCGGUAGUCAUCUUUAGAGUCAAAGUGAGUUGUAUCACGUCAGUUAAUGAUAUUAAACUCUGGUUAUUGACAUGAUUGCUCAACUAAGUCGCGAUUUCAUUGGUCGUCUGUCAGUUAAGCCUGAUGUCAUUGGCUAUGAAGACUCGUAAGCUCAUUGGUACGGUUCGAUCCGUCUAUUGUCUUAGUUAAACAGUCGUCUACUGUUGGUCAAAUUGUCAGUUGUCCAUUCGUCCUCUCGUAGUUAGUUUUACUUGAUUCCGUCAAUAAGUCGUUUUUACGAUGCCGGUAACUGUCGACUACGAUUCAGUGGCGUAGUUGAUUGCCGCUUUUCCUUCGUUCGAUUCUUUAGAAUGUCAAAAAAGCGAGGAAUGUGCUACCAAUGCAUAUUGUGACUGGUUUGCUUGCAAGUGCAAAGAUGAGCUUAUAAAGAAUGGAAAAGAAGGGGAAUUAACUUUAAAACAGUUUCUUUAUCAAAAACAUGUCGCUUUGUGUUGACCGAAGGUAAAGAACAUAUGAGAAUUAGUGGGUUAGUUUUAUUCUCUAGGGAGAAAGGUUCAACCAAUCAUUAUUGGUCAUGGCUUGUCCAUUAAACCCAAACGAUUCCUGAAAUCCUUGCGGCGAAGGCUUGUACCCAUUCUCCUUAAAGAGCAAGUGGGGAAUACUCAGGCGCGGAUCUAGGAUAAAUACUGACCGAUUUUCUAAACAAGCGUCGAGGGCGCAAGCUUCUAGAGAGGUCCGGGGGAUGCACCACAGUGAAAUUUCUUUGAUUUCAACUUCCUAAAGUCACCUUAAGUUUCCUGGGUUUUUGAGUCAUUCAGACAGGAUAUUGGCCAGAUUUUAAUUUAAUUUUUUUUGUGUGAAAAAUAUACUUAUUUAUGAAAAGUCUGACCGAUGCUGAUUAAUGCAUGCACGAGUUUAAGACGAAAAGUUUCCAAUUUUAUUCAAAUCAAUCUCUUUAAAUCUUCGAAAUAUUUACCAAUUACGUGCUUACUUCAACUCGGUACAGAAAAAUCAGACAUCAAUAACUCGGAGAAUCAUUUGUCUUGACACAGCCCCUGUGCAAAAAUGUAAACAGGCCAGUGAAUGCCAUCCCAAAGCCAAGUGUUUCUUUGGAAAUUGCAUCUGCCAAGGAAGUACAACAGGCAAUGGCAAAUUCUGCAGAGGUGAGUAAAGCCUGGUGGCAUCAUUAGCCUGUGAUCAAGCUCUCUAAUUAUUGCUAGUGAAGCGAGCAGCGAAAGAACGCGCGAGCGAGCGGCUUUCCCCACGCCGCCGUUGGCACUCGCGUCCCCUUUCGCGCGCGACUCUCGCGACUCCCCCAAAUGGACAGCUUACUGGCGGGCUAGAUAUUUGUUCGGAUCGUUUCGACAGUUACAGUCAUUUCAUAUAAACGUUUGACACCUUUCAAACGUAACGAUCGGCUAGUCUCUAUUUUUGCUCUACUGGCACCCUCACAAGCGACAUCGCGGCUGUGCCGUUCACCGCUCGAAUAUAGGGCUGUUUUUCUGUUUCUUUCCUUCGAUUUGAGACCAGUUUAGGGGAUUUUUUAGUCCAAGGGUGGCAAGGGUGAGGUCGAUCAGUUUUUUGGCAAGUGGACGCAAUAUACACACCCGCUACUAUGCAAUAACUGUGUAAGGCUAUAUAGGGCAAGACAUGACCUUAAUUAUCUGUUCGUAAAACUCUCUCUUUUUCUUGACAGAUGCUGUGCCAUGUUCUAACGCUACUCUGUUAUUGUGUGGAGGAAAAGCUUCAUGUCUGGCCGAUCCACUUCUGCCUCAAAUUCCUAUUUGCAGGUGCCAUAAAGGCUUUAGACUGUCUAAGAAAAAAACGUGUGAAGGUAGGAUACUGAAUAAAUGAAACCUGUAGGCUUUCUAGUCGUCUGGGAUAAGGACGAUAAAUUUUAAGCCCUGUCUCACAACCCUUGCACAUGCAAUAAACUCUGUGGGAUGUCAUAGAACCGACAAACUGUUAUUAGAGUAUAUAGAAGAGGUGUCCCUGGUGUGGUGGUCUCAGGGUGGUCUAUCUCAAAUUUACACUCACGUUAGGGGAAGUACAUAAUUCAAUACUUCUGUUGGUUACUUGUAAACUUCAGCACGAGCAAUCUGGCAAACUUCCUCCAACCAAUGUUGUAAAUUAUCCCUAAAAAGCCCUGAGGUCAAUGGAUAAUAACAUAUUUACUAUUUCUAAUUACUAACCUAGCCACAGCUGCGCCACAGCGAUUCUAAUGCCAGAUUAUCUCACUUGUUGGAUCACCACUUUGCUGCCAGACUCAUUCCACCGUCCGUUCAUCAUCCUAUGACACUUAACCGCACCGACAUUUCAUCAUUUUGGCCUUUUGCCAGUAAAGAAGUGUAGGACUCAAUUUUUCCAUAAUUCACGGAGGGCUGAACUGUAUGGAUGAAACGACAUUUGUUUUUACGUCUCAGAUAUCGAUGAGUGCAAAACCUUGAAGGCAAGAUGUGGAAAUCGUUGUCGAAACACAAUUGGUUCAUACUAUUGCGACAAGUGUCCUCGAGGAUUCACCGAGGGACGGGAUGGAGUAUGUAUAGGUCAGUUGCGGCCUUAUGAGCUCCCUGAAUAUCAUUUCACAAUAUAGAAAAAAUUCUCCCAUUAUUUUCCAGAACAAUCAGUGUCUUUGGCAGCCCAUUUUCAUACCUGAAACAAAUUAACUCAAACCUGAUUUUUUUAAUUGACACGUACUACUAGAAAAAAGAAAGGUUUACACAGUUUGGAAAAAGAAGAUGUUUUUUUAGCCUUCUCUUGACACUCCAGAAACUGGAGUUCAAGAGACUGGGUUCUUGCUUUUGUCAUCUUCGUCCUCAGGCCCCCGGCCUCUUCACUUCAUCCCCGCUGGAUUGAAGAAGAGAGGCACUGGGGAUGAAAAAGAAAGGUUAUGAGAACAUUUUAAAAACUGCAUCAUGACCAACUGACUGGACACGAGUUGAUGGCUGCUAUCCAAAAUAAACUUUGCCAAAUGCCGAUGUUUUUUCUGCGCAAAGUUUCGCCCUAACUCCAAAAUGAGCGGCGAGCAGAGCUAGCAGAGCAUCGUUUAAAUAUCUUUUUAUGAUAUGAACUGCUCUCCAUUCACUCAAACUAUCUUUUAACCCGUCAGCCUCAGACGAAUGUGAUUGCGAAGAGAAUGAAGAGUGUUAUGAAGGUGACUGCUACUGUGCUGAGGGCUACGACAGAGAUGAGUUUGGAAAAUGUGUCUCUAUGGAUAACGGUGAGAGCUUCCGUUAACUUCUG